AUGAGUGAUACAGAUAACAAGCAAAAUAGUGUUGUUUCAGAAAAAGAAAAUACAAAAAGUAAUGUUAGAGAUUUAGAUUGCUUAUUCUCUCUAGUUUGGUGUAAUAUUUAUAUUAGAAAAGAGAUUUUUAGGCAUGUAGAGUUGUAUAGAAAAAAUUACGGAUUCAAAGUAAGAGAUAGUAGGACUCUAUAUUAUUUACCAACAAAGGGUUAUAUCAAACAUCUUACAAUUGAUAAUAUUAUUUCGGGUUAUCCAAUACCAUUUGGGGUGAAUGCUUUAAUAGUAAGAGGUGGAGGUAGUACUCUUGAUGAAAAUAGUAUACCAGAUUCAGUUACCUCCUUAUCUCUCAACAAAUAUUCAAACAUUAAGUUUGAGGAAGGUCAAAUUCCAUCAUCCUUAACAUUUUUAGAAGUUAAUAGAGGAUUUCAACAAUUAAACAAAAACGUUGUAUUCAAUUUAAAUUUAUUAGAGUCUUUAAUAAUUGGUGAUGACUUCAAUUUAUUGGAACCAAACCAAAUUCCAAGCACUGUUAAAACCUUGCAAAUUGGUGAAAGAGUUUUUAGAAGGAAUGGAGAAUUACCAAAAAAAAUUAAAGUAUCUCGAGUGCAACCAAAAAGAGUCAUUGGUUCCAAUUCAAUACCACAAUCUGUUACACAAAUUAUAUUUGGUGACUAUUAUAAUACCUCGAUCAAGCCCAAUGUUCUUCCAUCAUCUGUCGAAUCUAUAACCUUUGGUUUAUCAUUUAAUAAACCUAUUGGUUUAGGUGUAUUGCCUUUAAAUCUAACUUCAAUUACUUUUGAUUAUCAUUUCGAUCAAGAAAUUAAACCAUUAGUUUUACCACAAACAUUAAGGUAUCUAAAAUUUGGUUUCGAAUUUAACCAAGCCAUUGAGCCUUUUGUUCUACCGGAAUCAUUAACAACAUUAAUAUUUGGAUGUAUGUUUAACCAACAAUUAUUACCUGGAUCGAUACCAAACAAAGUUGAAUAUUUAAGGUUUGCUCAUUAUUUUAAUAAACCAAUUACUCAAAACGAUAUACUACCUCAAUCAUUAAAGAAACUAAGAUUUGGGACCACGUUCAAUAGUUUAAAUCCAGAUAUUUUAAGCAAUUUAAAUAUUGAAGAGUUGGGAUUUGGAAUGGACUUUAAGAUACCAAUAGAAAAUAAACAUCUACCGCCAUCUCUUAAAAUUUUACAAAUAUAUAAUAAAAAAUCAAUCGAUUUAACAAAUUGGAAAGAAAUAAAUUUUCAUACAUACGAAAAAAUAAAAAAAAAUAAAAUAAAUUAAUAAAUUAAUAAAUU